CGGAAGAGGAGAAAGGUAGGUUAAAACUAUCGCAUUUUUCUUCUUAUAUGUUGUAUUGGUGACUUUUAUUUGUUUUACGUUAGUAUAAAUAUAAAGAUUUUCAUGAAAAUUGUGCCUGUUUUUUUAUUAAAUUUAAAAGAAUUCAUUUCCUAUCUUUUAAUAGAUGGUAAUGAUGCUGUUGACAACUCAUGCUCCUCUAUUGCAACUGAAUACAAACAAUCUGUGUCAAAAGGAGUAGAUAAGCAUCAUGGUGAAAACGAAGAUGUUGACGAAGAAAGUGAAGAUGAUGAUUAUGAAAAUACAGUUUCUGGGAAGGAAAAAAUUUUCUCGAAUGUUGAAGCUAACAUCAUUGUCGAAAAGUGUGCCGAGAUCAUUCGUUCUGGACCAAUAUCCAUCAAUAGAGUAGAACGUGCACUCGAAUCAAGCUCUGUUGGAAAACGUGUACUACAAAACUUUGACAUGUCGCAAAUACAAACAAGGCUUACAUAUGAGCGCUUGUAGUACAGAAAAAGUUCCAGAAGAAAGUGUCUCUAAACUGUUUUAUUUCUACCUUUACUGUACGAAACAUUUAACUAUAAUUUGGUGUAGUUUCGCACACUUUUAAUUAUUUUUCCCACUAUUAAACGCUCCUCAUUGUAUGUAUCGAGAAUGUUUUCAUUUUCUUUGAAUUCUUAUGGCACGUU